AUGGUCGCUAAGAAGCCUCAAGAUAUUGACUCCUCUUCAUCUGAUGAAGAUCUCCCAGCAGUUGAAGUAGAAUACCCCACAACACCAGUGAAAGCAAGAAAACAACAAGCUGCUAAGAAGCUUAGAAAGUUAAAGGCCAUGUCACCUGUAGCUAAUAGAAAUAAGCGCAAACAAUCUACUUCAGUUUCAUCAUCUAACAGUGCCUUAGAUGAUGGUAUUUCAACUGUUGUUUCCAGUUCGUUGCUAAGCAAUUCAACUUUGUUGGAUAGUUCUUCAACUGCACCCUCUUCGUCAAACAAUUCGUCUUCUUCCAAUUCAGGUAGAGAUAGUUUUGCCAGUAGUUCAUCUGAACAUGAUAUCAUGGCGAUCAAAGCCCAAAUGCAAGAAAUGAUUGGAGUUUUGAGAACCGUAAUAGGAAAUAUCUCUGAACUUACUAAGAAAGUUCAGGAGAGAGAAGAAGAAUCAGAUGAUGAUUUUGUUAAUCCAGAAGCUAUAUCUCCAGAAGUUUGGUUACGUCAAACUUAUAGAGACCUUAGAAGUUCUUACAAUGUUCCUUCAUCCAUUGGAGAUGAUUUAUUACUAUCUGCAGUAUCCUCCGAGAUACUUAAAGACCGUAAACAAGAGGAGACCAAGAGAAGAAUUCAAUAUUUGCUCCUUAAAUACAAGGAUGUGAUUUCCAAGUUUGCCCCAGACAUUAGAUUGGAUGAGAUUAACAGUAUUGGUUAUUCUAAACUAGUAGAGUUAACUCAAAUCAAAAUUGAAUUGUUGGAAUAUGCAUUGAAUUCUCCACUUGAUUUUACAGUCAUGACAGAGAUUACAGAACUUUGUAGAAUGAUUUGCAAAGUUGAAGCCCUCUUCCUUAAAGAAGGUUUACAAGUUUCCACUUUCGAUGUUGGUAGAGAAUUCCUUAACAGAUACAUUUCUACUAAUAGUUUCGAAACUGCUGCCGAAAGUGAACUUCAUAAUAUUAGAACAACAUAUCAUUACUACAAAGCAACCAAGCAGCAACAAGGUCCAAAGGGAAUUACCAAGAAGUAUUCUAAGAAGAAACCAGGAAUUACUCUUAUUUGGUCCUUGAUUGAUAGAAAAGCUUUGAAACGUGAUCCAAUUUUCUAUCAUCAUAUUGAAGGUUUCAUUCAGAGAAAAGAUCAUUAUGAUCCUUUCAUUUUCAAACUCACUAGUGCCAUGUUAGUCAUUGGUUUCAGACUUUUCGCUAGACCAGGUGAAUUAGCUAGACUCAAGUGGGGUUAUGUUACAAAGCUUAGAAAUGGUAACAUCAAAUUAGAUCUCAGUGGUCACAAAACAGAUUUCUUUCUACUAGAAAAGCCGAUUACUAUUGACAAGCAUCUUGAAAAUCCUUCAGUGUGUCCAGUGAAAUUGCUUUUUGAUUACAUGAACACUGUACAGCAUUUCAAAAAAGCAGAUUCACCAUUGUUUUCAUUGCAGGACAAUAUUUUCUUCAACACUGAAGAUGUUUCUCAACUUAUCAAGAAUGCUAUGUUCUCUGUUGAUUCAGAAAUCACUGUUUCUGGUCACAGUUUACGUAUUGGUGCAACUACUGAGAGUAUUAUCAAGGGAAUUCCUACUCAGGAUAUUAUUAUGGGGACUAGACAUAAGGAUGUGAAAUCUUUACAACCUUAUCAAAGACAAGAAGCUCUUGCAGCUCGCCACUUGUCUACUACUCUCCUUUCUCGGGACAAUAUCCAUUAG